AUGGCGACUACGGAUGAACUAGCUGAACGAAUAUCAAGGAAAGUGAUCGGCGAGUAUUCAAAACUAAAAGCUGUUUGUAGGCCAGUGACCAGACCCACAGGCAUUAGAGAGUGGACGAUACUAGCAGGUGUUGCAGCUAUCGACCGAGAUGUUAGUGUUGACGAUAUAAAAGUGCUUUCUAUAGCCACUGGCGUAAAGGCACUACCAGACUCUGAAUUGCAAAGAAGCGGAGGGAAGCUACUACAUGAUUGUCAUGCGGAAAUUUUGGCCCUAAGAGGUGCUAAUACAGUCUUUUUGAACCGUAUUAAAAAUUGGGAUUUGACAAAUGGUGACGACUUGAUUGAAAGCAACAACGAAAUACCGCCGAAAUUUAAAUUGAAAGACAAGUGGAAACUGGCAUUGUAUAUUUCAAGAUUGCCAUGUGGUGAUGCGAGUAUGGAUUUCCUGAACGAUAAUUGCAGAAGUGAUGAUGAUUUUCUCGAAAUAGAUGAUAAUGAUAUAUUUCAAUACGUUAAUCCUAAUGUAAAGACAAUAUUAAGAGGGCGUUUGAAUUUCAACAGGAAAAAUGUUGUUAGAACGAAACCAGGAAGAUAUGAUUCUAAUAUCACUUUAUCCAAAUCUUGCUCUGACAAAUUAUUGAUGAGACAAUUGUCGUCGAUAUUGAAUUCACUAAACUCCGCAUUAUUUGCGCAACCUGUGUUCUUAAGGUAUAUAGUGAUUCCUGGUUUAGAUGACAAGACAAGGCACACUUUAGAGCAAUCAUUUCAUAAUCGUUUACCCUCUUGCAGCCAUCAAUUCGAGUUCUUAAACUGCGACACGCCGUUUUAUGAUGAUAAGAAGAAUGAGAAUAGUGUUCCUAGCUUAAUGUGUAGUACUAAGCUCUUCAUGGACGACUCCACCAUUGAAGAAGCUAUCCUCAAUGGAAUGAAGAAUGGUUUUUAUACCAAACCGUGCAAACCACUAAGGAAACAUUGUGAAUCACACCUGAGCAGAUUUGCACAAUGGGAAUUAUUCACUCAGAUAAGACCCGAAUAUAAGGACACGAGCUACUUGCAAUUCAAGUCUCGACAAACAGAGCGAGACCGAUUGAUCACCUCAAUAAAGAAUGUCUUAUCUCCCGAUGGCUGGAUUCCCACCAAAACAGAUGAUGUAAAGUGA